AUGCAGUACUAUUCGUACCACAUCAUGUGCAGGGAAACCAAUCAUCUGCUUCUAUGCAGACGAUUAUUCCAACAGUUCCUCGUGGAUGUUUACUGUAAGAUUGAAACUGAACGUCUCCAGUUCCUCCGCAGAGAACAAAAGACACUCAGGGCUGAUAACUAUCAGCAUCUUAGAGAUAGUCUUUCGACAGCAGACUCGGAUCCACACAAUGUCGGUCAAAAAGUCAUACUUCCGGCUACCUUUACUGGAGGCCCACGAUACAUGCACCAAAGACAGCAAGACGCCAUCACCUACGUUCGUGCCUAUGGUCGACCUGACCUCUUCAUCACAACCACAACAAACCACAAAUGGCCUGAAAUCAUCGCACAUCUUCUGCCAGGGCAAACGACCCCUGACCGUCCUGACAUAGUUACACGAGUGUUCAAUCUGAAACACAAGAAACUUAUGAAACUACUGAAAAAUGGUUCAUUUGGAGAAACACAGGCCUGGCUUUAUUCAGUCGAGUUCCAGAAGAGGGGGCUGCCACACGCCCACAUACUCCUAUGGUUGAAACCACACGCAAAGAUCAAGCCAGAACACAUCGACCUACUCAUAUCUGCAGAAAUCCCAUCGCCUGCUACUGCACCUCUUCUCCAUGAUUUAGUCACAACACACAUGAUCCACGGACCAUGUGGUCCCUUCAACAGGAACGGACCAUGCAUGAAGGACGGCAAUUGCACCAAAUUAUUCCCGAAGGCUUAUGUUGACAACACACAGGUCGGACACGAUGGUUAUCCUCAAUUCCGAAGACGUACACCCGAAGACGGCGGCUUCACCUUCACGAGAACUAAGGAACACAACGGCAACACCUAUGAAACGGUUACUGGAAACCAAUGGGUUGUUCCCUACAACCCCUUUCUGCUCCGACAAAUGAGCUCGCACACUAACGUUGAACUGUGUAUGUCGGUCAAAAGCAUCAAAUAUGUCUUGAAGUACGUCAAUAAAGGAAGCGACCAAGCCAUCUACAGCCUCCAAGAACGAAGCCAAACAGAUGAGAUACACCAGUACAAACAUGCUCGAUAUGUAGGGAGCACAGAGGCAGCCUAUAGGAAUCUGGGUUUCCCAAUGCAUGAGCACUACCCACCAGUUCUCCAAUUGGCAGUGCACUUAGAAAACGGUCAAAGAGUGUAUUUCACUGAAUCAACAGCGCAAGAACAAGCCAAUAAAGAACCACCACAAACCACCCUGACACAAUUCUUCACCCUGUGCGAAAGAGAUGCCUUCGCAAAGGCACUCACAUACCUGGGUGUACCACAGUACUACACUUGGAACAACAAGACAUGGCAACGCCGCAAAAAAGGCCUCCCACUACCGACUCAUCCAGGCAUUUUCAAAGCACAAUGCCUUGGCCGCGUCUACACUAUCUCUCCUAAUCAAGGAGAGUGCUACUUCCUUCGCAUCCUCCUUCAUGAUGUUCCUGGCCCUUGCAGUUUCCAAGAUCUGAAGAAAGUCGACAACACCAAUUGUGCUACAUUCCGUGAAGCCUGCCUCCGACGUGGCCUCAUAGCUGAUGACAACCAUCUACACAGAGCACUGUCUGAGGCCAAUGAAUCCAACAGCCCCGCCCUACUCAGAAAAAUCUUCGCUGUCAUACUAACUUCCUGCGAACCAGCAGACCCCUCCUCGCUUUGGGAACAACAUCGUAGCAACCUAGCCGAAGACCUCUUCCGUCCACAUAACGUUGAACUCCUCCAUGAAAACCAGUGCGAAGAAAUCUACAACUCCUGCCUGAUAGUAAUAGAACACCAAGUUCUACAGAUGAGGGGACAGCACCUUGCCAGCUACGGAUUACCAAUCAAGCGUCACAAUUCAGACCACAACAUGAUCGAAUAUAAUCGCUACACACAGUACUCUAUUCCACAGCAGGAAUCCUUCAUUGAAGAAAACCAGCACAAGCUAACAACGGAACAAAGACAAAUAUACAACCUCUUCUGUUCUCAAGUCCACUCUUCUCAGCCAGGUAUCACCUUCCUUGAUGCACCAGGUGGCACUGGUAAAACGUUCCUGCUCAACCUCAUCCUAGCGACGAUACGUUCCAAACAAGCCAUUGCUCUUGCUACGGCCUCAAGUGGAAUUGCAGCUACACUUCUAACAGGCGGACGAACGUUGCAUGCCACUUUCAAGAUACCCCUGGAUGUGCACAUGAAAGACAUGCCGACAUGUGCAAUAAAGAAGAACACUACCCUAGCUAAGGUCAUCAUUGAUUGUAGCACUAUUGUCGUUGAUGAAGCCCCAAUGACCCACAAGGCAGCAUACGAGGCCAUAGACCGGACCCUGCAAGACAUCAGAGGCAAUUCAUCUCCCUUUGGUGGAAUUCCAACAUUGCUGUGCGGUGACUUCCGCCAGAUAUUGCCAGUUAUCAAAAACGGUACACAGGCAAACAUCAUCGAUGCAUCCCUAAAGAAAUCCUACCUCUGGAAAGACGUCCAAGUCGUACACCUACAAACAAACCUACGUGCUCACCUCACUGGAAAUGCUCAUGCUGCAAGUUAUUCACAGCUCCUCAUGUCGAUUGGCAAUGGAACAUAUCCCUUGCUUGAACCACCAACCACCAUUACCGUUCCUCCCAGUCUACCGAAAGCAGACACAACAGAACAAUUGAUUCAUGCCAUCUUUGCCGAUUUACAAGGACAGAAUGAUCAAUGGAUACUCGAACGUGCCAUUCUUGCUCCUCUAAAUGAAACUGUCGACAACCUCAACCACACCAUUCUUGCAACUUUGGACCGUCCAGAAAUUACCUACAAGUCAUUCGACACAACAUUGACAACAGAAGAAGCUACUCAUUUCCCUGUUGAGUUCUUGAACUCUCUCAACAUUGCUGGCCUGCCACCCCACAAACUGGCGCUUAAGAUUGGCUGCCCCAUCAUUGUACUUCGAUCCUUGGACCCACCAAGUAUCACAAAUGGAACUCGAUGUCGCGUUGUAGCUUGCCACACCAAUGUCAUCGAGGUCCUCAUCUUACAUGGCCCUGCUGCUGGCAACCAUGCCUUCAUUCCACGCAUUCCAUUGGUACCGCCGACAUCUGACCUGCCAUUCCUCUUCCGCAGAUUGCAAUUCCCGAUACGCCUUUCUUAUGCAAUGACUAUAAACAAAGCCCAAGGCCAGACAUUUCAGACCAUAGGUCUCGACCUCACCACGCCGGUCUUCUCGCACGGCAUGUUCUAUGUCGCCCUGUCCCGCCUUGGAACCGCACAACGGAUGCAUAUCUAUGCACCAGAACAUAAAACCAAAAAUGUGGUGUACCAAGAAGUACUCUAA